UUGAAGCCUCUUUUUUAUCAUGCCGGGAACAAAAAUUACACCAGAAGAUCGGAAGAAAAUCGAUAAGAAAUUCAUCUGCACCAGUUGUGACAUGUUGUUGUGCACGCCGAUGCAAACUCAAUGUGGACACUUGAUGUGUUUUGCCUGCCUGCAAACAUUGCUAGAGUAUGUUAGUUUUCUUUAUCACUGGAAAAAAUUGAAAAUCCAUAAAAAUUGAAAAGGCCAUAGAAUGGAAAUUUAUUGUAUGGACCUUUAUUUGGAAAUUUUGAAGAUUAUCCAUAAUAAUUGUAUAUUUCCAUGCUAUGGGUAUAGUAUCGAAAUAGUAUGGAUAUACUAUGGAUUUAGUGGUGCAAUUGCAAAUUUCAUAGUGUGGAUUUCACUUUUUUCCCAGUGUAUUGCUAUGCUUUAAUACUCUUCGCUGCGAAAAAUGCAACUAUAAUUAGCCCUCUGGCAGGAAUUGAACCUGUGUCAUUGCAUUUCCGGUGCAGUGCUAGCUGCUCUAACCAACUGAGCUACAGAGUCAAAACAAUCCUGAUAUUUACCCACAUAGCUAACGGUUAGAUCUCAUAUUUCGUGCACAAAUAUAUUUCUUUUUGAUCACCCCCCUGAUCAUGUUGUGUGCGAAAUAUGAGGCCAUGCCCGUCACCCAGAUUGCUGCAUAUAACAUUCGCUUAUAUUUUGUCAUGGGCGAUAUUUGGCACGAUUGAACCGGCCUGCCUGGUGCCCCUGUUACUCUGCAGACUCAGCGUGAUGCUUAUGAAACGAGGUUUGAUUACUUGAUCCUGAAGAUUGAAUAUUGAACUAUUUUUUUAUCAUUCAGAAGUUCAAACCCAAGAUGUCCUACAGAUGGUACAGUACUCGAAAAAGAAAAAGUGAGUGAUUCACAUUUACAUACUUACACACGGACGUCAGAUUUCCGAGGGGGGACUGGAUUAAAAACUGUGUUUGUGUCAGUUUGUGGUACCCUUCAACACAUAUCACAAAAAUUUUUUAAAGAUUUUUGCUUACUUACACAAGCGCUAUGAUGCAAAAUGCCGCCAAAAUUAAUUAUACCAAUUUUUGGGUGACGUUCGUGUUAAUUGACAAAAAUGUCGCUUGCUCAAGGUGAUUCACAGUGGCGGAAAUUCACUUUUUCCAGUGGGGGGGGGGGCAAAACCUCCUACAUUUCCGACAAAACUUUCAAAUUUCCGACAUACCCUCCAUUUGCACUCGAAAAGACUGUUUUUAGCCCUUAGUCAAUUUUCCGUGAAGGCGCCCCACCAAGAUUUCCGCCACUGGUGAUUCAUCAGUAAUUGUUCUGGAAAUGAGAAUUUGUUGAAACUUCCCAGCGGUGAAGUUUAUGAUCAAUAUGCUCAUAGUAAAAACAAAAACGUUGGGGUCACCGAAAUCGUUUCGAAGAUAUGACAAGUGCAAUGUGCCACCUUUUCCCCCAUAAACCACCAUCUCGACUCUGUUACGAGUUACAGGAACAAUCGCAAUUGUUCUACCGUUAAUGAUUUUUUAACAAGGCUCCUACUAUAAAAAUGUCUAUUUAGUGAUUAUAUACUAGAAAUACAUGCAUGCAACAACCCCUCGCCUAUAUUUUGCAAACAUUGUUUCAACAUGAAGUAUUCGUAAUUACGCCAACACUGAACCACAGAUGAGGUAAGUACAGAUGUGAAUCUCACGUCAAAUUGCUGAUUGUUUUGUGUCACACGGAAUUCCCACUUCCGGCGAGCGCUGGCAAGUGUCGUUCUGAAAUUUAAUAAGGAAAGAGAUAGGAAAACGCCGUUCGAAAGACGAAAAAUUGUUGUUUUUUUUAAAGUCUACGCUACCGACGGCUAUUUUUGAAAUUAAUUCUUCAAGAGUAGCGGUAAGCGAUCACUUUUAUUGAUUUCUUUUUAUUAAAAGUGUUAAUAUAACAUUUUAUUUAGCCAAAGUUUGUUUUUUUCCCUAUCUACUUCUUAUUAAAAUCGUGAAAUACACUUGCUGGGAAUUUCAGAUGCUCGUGUAUAAAUAACAAAACAGCGAAUGAUAUAAAUGCCUCAAAACAUAACUCUCGCAUAAAAAAACCAUGAAUACUUCUAUAAUAUGUAUACUUUUAUUCCUCUGCAUUAUCAAAAUUUAAUAAAAUAGUGAAUUAAUACAAUUUUAAAGUUUAUUUAAUCGGUGUGACAUAAUUUGCCGUGAGAUUCAUAUCUGUACUUACCUCAUCUGUGACUGAACGCAGGCUCGUGUUGCACGUGAUGUUAGUCAUGGCAACACGAAUCACGAUUUUUAAAAUUUUUGUGCAAAGCUGCAAAAAAUAGAUGAAACUUGAACACUUUUAAACACAGAACUAUCAAUUUCUAAAAUAUAUAAAGUAUAGGUAUAUUUUGGUUUCUAUGGGCUUCAUUUUAAUGUAAAAUUCAAAACGAAACUCUACGUAAAACGUUUUUAAAUGUGAAUUGAAAUCAGCUGCUUUUUGCCGAUAUUUAUAUAAACUCUUAAACUCAAGCUUCUACUUAUUACUCGCACUUUGAAAGGAAAUAAAUUUAAUUCGUACAGGACGCUAAUGAAAAUAAUUUGCUUUCUUUUUUUUGUAGUGAACUUCUACAAAGGUUAAUUUAACUAAGAAACGUUCGCAAACAAUGCAUAGGAAAUACUUGAACAUCAAGAAGAAAGUCCACAUUAAUACAAAGUCAUACAUAAACAAUUGAAACAAACUUGCCCUAUACUUUAGGAUUUCUCAUACUAAAUCAAUUCUUAUAAAUGUUUACGUUUAAAAAUGGUAUGUGAAACGAUUUUCCAAGCUUUCCGACAUACAGUCUACUCUUCACUCCUGGCAAACAGCCAUAUUUUGAGAUCAGUGAGAUUACCACCCACCGAACCACUCACGGUAACCCACGCCCGCGAUCAUUGAUGAACUUUUGACUUCGCUAAUGCUUUCGUUUCCCCGGGUGUAAAUAGCCGUGCGGAAUUAGUACCCUCGCCCCGGGCUUACGCACGGAACGGCGCUCUGCGCCGUUGGCUCGGGGACAAGGUAACCUGGUAUUAAAAGAGAAUAUCAAAAACCAUUGACGUGCAUUGUCGUGCAUUGUCCCAUCUUCUCAGAGAUGUUAUUUGGGAAGCGUGCAUGCGCGAAAAAUGUAAAAUAUUAUAAUUUGUAGAAAUGAUUUUCUCUUAUUUUCUGAUAUGACAUGUAAAACAUAUAGAAGAACAAAAAUAUAAAAUAAAAAAAGUAGGGCCAGGACCUUCUUGAAGAGAUACAAGGGUUAAACAUGCAUGAUACAUCAUGAUGUGUUUAGUGUUAGUUGCACAUGAGCCCUUCUGUCAUUUUUGAAGGUAUAUUUCCUGAAGCACGCCUAUAUAAUCAAUGCAGAGUGUUUUUCUCUUUGCCCUUACUCUUUCUUUAUCACUUUACAUUGCAGUUCGACUACAUACAUUAACUAGGAUUUGUUAUUAGAUAUGCGCAGUAAACUAGUAAAAGUGUGCAUGAAAUGCAAAACUGCACGAUGAAUCGGUGACCUAAAACAUGCUGUAAAGUCAGUAAUGUAAACAAACGCUUUGUUUACAUUUUGAACUGCUAUAUUUGCAAAAUAUGAUAUACCAACUGAAUAUCUAACACUUUUCUGGUCGCGCUAUGCUUGUAACUGAAUAUAAACUUUACGUUUCAAUUCAAUUCAUAAAAGUUCGAUUAUAUCUGCGGGUCCUCCUUUGUUAUGAGCAGAACUGAUGCGUAGAACGGACUUUACAGCAUCUUUUUAAGCUCGCUAUUAGUUAAACAAUAAUUCGAACCUUGGGUAUUUGUAAAAGUUUGACAUGAAUUUCUUUCAGGUUUACACCGAUGCUUUCACUAAACGUGAGCUCAAUGGAUUAUGUUUACAUUGUACGAACCAAGGCUGUCCUUGGCAUGACACUUAUGAAGCACUGAAGGUGAGUUAUGGUGGUAAGAAGGAGAUGUAA